AUGUACGAGAAAGCUGUUUUCAUCGUCAUUCUUGGCGCUUGUUUUUCAUUUACUAAUUCAGCCAGCAUUCAAACUCAAUCUUACAAGAUCAUCAAUGUUGCGACUAGAACUUGGGACGAAGCUAUUGCUCUCGCCAAAGACUUUGCUGCACAAAUGACUUUAGAAGAAAAAUGUAAUAUGACUGCAGGUGUUUCGAGUCAUUGUGCUGGCUUUGUUUCACCUGUUUCACAUCUUAACUUUGGUGGUCUUUGUUUUCAAGAUUCACCAUCGGGUGUUGGUGAUGGUGUUCAAUUUUCUACGGCUUUUAUUGGUGGUAUUCAGAUUGCGGCGACUUGGGAUCGUGAUCUCUUCUAUCAACGUGCUGCUGCCAUUGGUCAAGAAUUUCGAGGAAAAGGAGUUCAUUUUGCUUUGGGACCUAUGAUGAAUAUUGAUCGAAAUGCUCUUCAUGGUCGUAACUGGGAAGGAUUUGGCGCUGAUCCAUAUCUUUCUGGCGAAAAUUCCUAUUAUUAUGUACAAGGACUUCAAGAUCAAGGUGUAGUAGCAACUGCAAAACAUUAUAUUUGCAAUGAACAAGAAUCUAAUCGUACUUAUCAUCCUAAAAUUGGUCCAAGCCAAGGUUAUUCAGCUUAUCUUGAUGAUAAAACAAUGCAUGAAAUUUAUUUGUGGCCAUUUGCUGAUAGUGUUGCAGCUGGGGCUGGUUCCGUCAUGUGCUCAUACAACCAAGUCAAUGGGACCCAGGCAUGUCAAAACAAUAAAAUCUUAAAUGAACUUUUGAAAGAUGAACUAAAAUUUCAAGGUAACGUUAUGUCUGAUUGGGGAGCAACGAAAGUUGGAGUCGAAUCUGCUUUGGGUGGAUUGGAUAUUGAAAUGCCUGGUCAAGACGGAUUAAUGGGUUAUCCUCUUCUUCCAGCAGUAAAAAAUGGAUCAAUUACAGAGGCAAGAAUAAAUGACAUGGUAAUCCGUAUUUUGGCACCUUAUUUUUUGCUUGGACAAGAUCAAAAUUAUCCACCUCUCAAUUUAAAUAAUGAUGUGACUAGGGAUCAUUAUGUGCUUAACCGAUACAUUGGCACCGCUGGCAUAGUCUUACUUAAAAAUACACACAGUACUUUGCCAUUUAAUAUGAAUACCAACAAAUUUUAUUCUAUUUAUGGAUCAGCAGCAAGUCGUUAUAGUGAUGGUGUUGAUCCACAUGGACUAGACGGAUUAGAUGGUGCUCUCUAUCAAGGUGGUGGUUCAGGUUAUGUUCGUCCCACUUACUUCAUUGAUCCUCUCACUACACUUCUUACUACAGCUCGUGAUUUUCAUCUACAAAUUCAAUACGUUGUUGAUCAAGAUGAUUAUGUUGCUAUUAAUCGGUCAUUGGAAAAUAGUGGAUUUUCAGGAGGAAAAUGUCUUGUUUUUAUUAAUGCUUGGUCAUCAGAAGGACGUGAUAGACAUAAUCUUUUUGCUUAUCAUAAUGGUGACAAACUAGUUAAUACUAUUGCUGCUCGUUGUGCCUCAACUAUUGUUAUUGUUAAUAGUGUUUCACAACUUAAUCUCGAAGCAUGGAUCGAAAAUCCUAAUGUCACUGCUGUUGUUUGGUCAGGCUUGCCGGGUCCUGAAUAUGGACCAGCCAUUGUUGAUGUCCUCUUUGGUAACUACAAUCCAGGAGGUAAACUAGUCUUUACCAUAGCUAAGAAUGAUUUGGAUUAUGGUACUAAUAUUACUGAUACAUAUAAUUCUAAUUAUACAGAAGGUGUCUUCUUGGACUAUCGACAUUUUGAUAAAAAUAAUAUUACACCAAGAUAUUAUUUCGGUUAUGGUCUCUCCUAUACAACAUUCACUUUUUCAACAUUGACGAUUUCAAAAGUUGGUCAAGAUAAUCACAUUGGACAAUCAUUAUACAGACGACGUCGUGUAUCUUCUUAUAGUAACAAAGCUUUAUUAAGUUUCUAUGAACCUAUUUAUACCAUAACUUUUACUGUUACUAAUAUCGGUAAUGUCGAUGGUUCUGAAGUACCACAACUCUAUCUUGGUUUUCCAGAAGAAGCAGCUGAACCACCUAAAAUCUUACGUGGCUUUGAACGAGUUUAUUUGGAAAUAGGAGAAUCGAAGACAGUUACUCUGGUAUUAACACAACGAGAUGUUUCAUAUUGGAAUACUGUCAAUCAAAAUUGGACUGUUGCUCAUGGAAAAUAUACAGUUUGGAUUGCAACAUCAGCCAAUAAUGCUGACAUUAAACUUGAAGGCUUUUUCAAUAUCUAA